CGGAAACUCGGAAACCAGGGAAGAACAACCAUUGGCUGGCUAGGUGGUGGGGCCCUAGCCCGAACCGAUCCUGGCCCGCGUUGGGAGGAGCCGUGUUGAGAGAUGCGGACGGUGACGGUGUGGGCUGACAAGAUCCCUGAGAGGGACAAGCUGAGCAGCACAGUGUGGAGCAUCGCAUUCAAGCCAGGUGGAUAGAUUGAUCUGAUCUGCACAUGGGAAAGGAUGGAUGGAUGGAUGUGCCUGUUUGUGUGUGUGAUGGGUUGAAUGCAUCGCCUUCAUUCCAUGCAUUCAGAUGGGACGCAGGUGGUCGUGGCGGCGGGCAACCGCGUGUUGGUGUAUGACGCGCAGGAGGGAGACCUCAUCCACUCGCUGAAAGGUGAGUGAGCAAGGAGUAGUUCGAUCAGAGGACAGAUACAGAGGGCUGCGUUGUGUGUGCGUGUGUGUGUGGGUCGAUCAGGCCACAAGGAUGCCGUCUACUGCGUGGCCUACAGCAAACAGGGCAAGAAAUUCGCCUCGGGAGGGUGAGUGUGAGGCUGGACACUUCUCUUCCUUCCGCCAUCCAUCCAUCCACCUGUGUGUCUGUCCAUCCGUCUGUCCGUUUGCUGGUGCAUGUUAGUGCCGACAAGCAGGUGAUAAUCUGGACUGACAAGGCUGAGGGCCGGCUCAAGUACCACCACACCGACUCCAUUCAGUGCCUCGCAUACAACCCAGUCACCCAACAGGUCAGGUGGUGGGCAGGGAGGGAGGAAGGCACCUGCCUGAUGUGAUUGAGGGAUGCAUCGACAUCGAGGGCUGCCUGCCUCCGCAGAAGGUGGAUGCGUGGAUGCAUCCGUCUGUCUGUGUGUGUGUGGUGCAGUUGGCGAGUGGCACUGCGUCCGAUUUCGGUCUGUGGUCGCCCGAGCAGAAGUCCGUCACCAAACACAAGGCAGGCACCAGCGCACUCACCCUCAUCCGUCCAUCCAUCCAUCCCUCUGUUUGUGUGUUCAGGUGUCGUCGAAGGUGCUGAGCCUCAGCUGGACGCCGGACGGCCUCCAUCUCGCACUCGGUGAGGUGGGCCGUCGGUAGCUCGCGAAAAGCAAAGCCCUCAUGAGUGCGUCCGUACCGUACCGUCACUAUGCGUCUGUGUGUGGUGGUUGGGGUGUGUGUGUGUGUGUGUGAGGUUUGUUCAAUGGUCACAUAUCGAUCACGGACAAGUUCGGCACUGAAAAGGUGACACACUUAGUCGUUCGUUCUUUGAUUCUUUUUUGCAUGGCUAAUGCAUCUCAACCACCCACCCUCACACAACACAAACAGGCCGAGGUAGUGCGGAAGGAGCCGAUAUGGUGCCUGGGGUGGAACCCCGUGCUGGCGAGAUCCGACCCGACAGACGUCCUCGUGGUCAGUCAGCUCUACACACACACAUGCAACUGGAGGCAGCGGGACUUACUCAUGGAAUUGGUGUGUGCGUGUGUGUGUCAGGUUGGCUGCUGCGACCAGACACUGUCCUUCUACAAGGUAGGUAUGACAUCAUAGGUGCUCGCGAGCAGCCAACCACACCACACACCCCAUCUGUCUGAUCUGCCUCGUGUGUGUCGGGUCGGUCCCCUAGGUCUCAGGUCAGGAGUGUCUGAAGGAGCAGAAGCUCGACUACGACCCCCUCUCUAUCGUAAGGACGCCAUCAGCACACCCACCCCCUCACACACACACACACACGCACACACACCCUCCCACACACACAUCCCCCCCUCGUGGCUGGCGCAACAGGCAUUCUUCUCGAGUGGCGACUACUUCGUUGUGGGCGGCUCGGACAAGAAGGUGAUCCAGUGAAUGAGUGAGUGCAUCCCCAUUGAUUCCUUUCUUCAUCCCAUGGCCUGGACGGACGGCCGUUGCAGGUGACAUUGUGGAGCCGCGACGGCAUCUCUUUGGGCCCGAUCAGCGAGCAUGACGACUGGGUCUGGGCCGUCGCCGUCAGACCAAAGCAACACAAUGUCGCUGCGGGUGGGUGAGCUGAGUGAGCUGAGCUGACGAUGCAUGUGUGUGUGAAUCGAGUGCCUGGGUCUGUGGAAUGAUGGUGUCAGGGAGCAACGACGGUGCCGUCAAGAUGUACCAGAUCAUCUUCUCCACUGUCCAUGGCCUCUACCAGGUAGGUGCACACUCACACUCACUCAGACACGGAGAUGCCAACCAGCUGGGUGGGUGUCUGAGUGUGUGUCAGGACCGCUAUGCCUAUCGCGAGCUGAUGACCGAUGUGAUCGUGCAGCACCUGGUCACUGACCAAAAGGUCCGGUCCGUCAGGCAGGCCGCCAGGCUCAGAAUGGGAAUGUGUGAAUGUGUGUGUCACUCCUCCUGCUGCCUGCUGCUGUGCGUCAGGUGCGGAUUCGGUGUAAGGACUACGUCAAGAAGAUCGCAGUCUACCGGGACAGGCUCGCCGUGCAGCUGCCGGACAAGGCACAUACAUAGGCCACAACAGACAGACAGACACCCACACCACACAGCCACAUGUGGCUGUGUGGCUGUGUGUGUGUGCGUCAGGUGCUGAUAUACGAGGUGGCGCAGGACGACCCCACCGACCUCCACUACAAGAGUAUGGACAAGAUUCGACAGAGGUACACACCCUUCACCGCCACUCUCACUCUCACACCCCGCUUAUUGUGUGCCCAUCCAUCCAUCAUCCAUCAUCAAUAAUCAAUCAGGUUUGAGUGUUCGUUGCUGGUGGUGACGUCGCACCACAUCAUCUUGUGCCAGGAGCGGAAGCUGCAGCUGUAUGCCUUCUCGGGACAGCUCGAGCGAGAGUGGAACCUCGAGUCGCUCAUCAGAUACAUCAAAGUAAGAAAUUAGACAACGCAACGCACGGAUCCACACACACUUAACUUACACACGGAGGGAGAAUGGAUGGAUGUCUGUGUCCAUGUGUGUGUCCAUAUAUAUGUGUGUGUGUGUGUGCAGGUUGUGGGGGGUCCGCAGAAGCGUGAAGGCCUGCUCGUGGGGCUCAAGAACGGUGCUCGCCGAGGCGAAAGUCAAAGACGCCCACUGUCCACCUGUGCUGUGUUCGUGUGUGUGUUGGUGUGUGUGUGUGUUGGUGUGUUGGUGUGUUGGUGUGUUGGUGUGUUUGUUCAGGUCACAUAUUGAAGAUCUUUGUGGACAACCCUUUCCCCGUCACCCUCAUCAAGCAAGCCACGACAGUCAGAUGCCUGGACCUCAGCGUGUCAAGGAAAAAGGUGAUAUGAGUCCCCACACACACAUACACUCACACAUGGAUGGAUGGAUGUGUCAUGUGUGUGUGGACUGGACAGCUGGCGGUAGUGGACGAAACGGCCAACAUGUUGGUGUACGACCUGGACAGCAAGCAGCUCAUCUACCAGGAGCCCAACGCCAACUCGGUCGCCUGGAACACAGAGAUGGAGGACAUGCUCGCAUACAGCGGUCAGUCAGUCAGUCAGCCAGUCAGUCCACACACACUCACACACAGAAAUCCAUUCGCACGUACGUGUGUGUGUGUGGGGCUCAUCCUCCCUCUCUCUCUCUCUCUCCCCCUCUCUAUUGGAUGCUUUCAGGCAACAACACGCUGUGCAUCAAGACGGGCACCUUCCCCCCACACACGCAGAAGCUCCAGGCAACCCCCUCCCCCGCCCCGCCCCUCUCCCAACGCACACGCAAUGCUCUGACUGACCAUCCCUCUCUCUCUCUGUCCGUCCACCAGGGCUUCGUUGUUGGGUUCAAGGGUUCCAAGAUCUUUUGUCUGCACUACGUGUCCAUGCAGACUAUCGACGUGCCGCAGUCGGCCUCCAUGUUCAGGUACCUCGACCGCAAAGACUUCCACACCGCUUACAGAGUCGCCUGCCUCGGCGUCACCGAGAGCGACUGGAGGGCCCUCGCCAUCAACUGCCUCUCCAGCUUCCAAUUCGAUCUCGCCAGGAAGGUAAGGUACCCACGAGAGAGAGAAGGAAUCAUGUGUGUCUGGAUUGCGUGUGGUGUGGUGUGGGUGGGUGUGUUGUGGAUGGUUUGGUUGUUUGCCGUGAGUGAGUGCAGGCGUUCAUUCGGAUUCGCGACGUGCGGUAUCUGGACCUGCUGACGCGGCUGCAGGCGAGCUACGGCAAGAAGAAGCAGCUCACGCAGGAGGAGGAAAACAUGAUCCUCGCACAAGUGCACGCCAUUCAGGUGCAGUCACUGCACCUACCCACCCCCACACACACCCGACACACCCGACACACCCACGGCCCGUCCAUCCAUUCAUCCAUCCACCCCAUCUGGCGUCUGUCUGUGUAUCUAUCAGGGGCAGUACAGAGAGGCGGCGGAGCGGUUCCUCAAGUCGGGUCAGCCCAAGCUGGCCGUCGACAUGUUCACCGACCUGCGCAAGUGGGACGAGGCCAAGCAGUGGGCUGCCAUCAUCGAGAAAGACGCUCUCACACAGAAGGGUAAGCUACGCAGGCAGGCCUAUGUCACUCUCCCCCCACCCACGCAACGCAUCGCAUUCCCUCUCCAACUUUUCCUUUGUGUGUGCAGCGGCGCCCCCGCCCCUUACUGCAGCAGCAGCAGCAGCAUCGCCGCUGAGAACCGAGGAGAGGGAGAGGGAGAGGGAUGGUGCCCCCGCACCACCCGCCCCUGGUGCGGUGUUGGCAGCGGCCCCUGCACUGAGUGUGUCGGCGUCUGAUGUCGGCAAGCAGGGGGCCGUCCUCACACCCGUCGCACACCUUCCACCACCUGCCGCCGCCGCUGCUGCUGCUGCUGCUGCUGCACCAGCAGCAGUCAGCAAGGAGCCAGAGGAUGGUGGCGAGUCGAUGGCGCAGGGGCUGAUCAUGCUGCAGGUGGGGGAGUCGGUUGGGCACAGAUGGAUGGACGGAUGGCAAUCUAUCUGGUAUGGGCGGUGUGGUGUGCAGGCUGUGACGUCAGAGGAAGAUGGAGAUCUCCGGAGUGCCGGCGAGAUGUACUUCAAGGCCGGCAAGUAUCGCAAAGCCGUCGAGAUCUUCAUCAAGCUACAGGCGGUAAGAGCCAAGGCCUCUCCCCGUCCCUCUCCCUCCCUCCCUCCAUGUGUGUGUCUGUGUGUCAGUUGGAGCCGUUGAUAGAGGUGGUGCGUCACCUUGUGGCCGCGGGCGAUGUGAUCGGCAGCAGGGCACCCCCCAGCGGCCUCAGCGACAAAGACGUCCGGGAGCUGCUCGCCAUGGCCGCAAAGCUGUUCAGGCAGAAGGGACACUUCUCCUUCGCGAAGGUGAGAAUGUCUGUCUGUGUGUCCAUGGCGACCACACACACACAGGGACAGUCCAAUGUGUCCGUGUGUCCGUGUGUGUGUGUGUGGGGGGGAUUGGUAUUGUCUGUCAGGAGACGUUGCUCAAGCUGGGUGACAUCGGUCAGCUGAUGGGUCUGUACGUGGAGAUGCACCGGUGGGAGGAGGCAUUCGGACUCGCCGAGCAGUACCCCCAACACGCACACGCCAUUCAUCUGCCCUGGGCGGAGUGGCUCGUCACACAGGACGGGUAAGGUAGCAACUGCACACAUACACACACACCACGUGUGUGUGGACUGACUUUGUGUGUGUACUGUACGUGUCUGUCAGGUUCGACGAGGCGCGAGCGGCCUACGCCCAGGCGGGCCGUCGGGAUCUCUCCCUCUCCCUCCUCCACACCCUCACCACCAACGCCGUCACGGAGCGAAGAUUCAAAGUAGGUCACGUCACCUACACACCCAUCCAAUCCACGUGUGUGUAUCUCACCCUCUGUCCUCUCUGUGUGUGUUGUGUGUCAGGAUGCGGCCCGUUACUACUGGUCCUUGGCUGUGGAGAGCGUGCAGAGUGCGGAGUCGGCCACGGGCAGCAGCCAUGACGACGAAAUGGCCAGAAGACGGGUAUGUGUGUGGUCGAGCCACUCAGGCGGCAUCUCUCUGUAUGUGUGUGUGUGUGUGUGGUGCGUGUGUGUGUGUGUGGAUGCGUUACACACAGGGUGUGUCGCAGUUUUGGGAGUAUCGUCGGUAUGGCGAGCUGUACUACGCCUUCGCCAUGAUACACUCAUUCAUGAGGGAGCCCUUCACACAACACACACAAGGUAGGUAUUGUCUGCCUGCCCGUUUAUCCAUCCAUCCGGGUGUGGUGUGGUGUGGUGUUUGUGUGCGUGUGUUGGUUGAUUCAGAGCAGCUGCUCAACGCCACGCUGUUCCUGUGGAACAUCCUUGCAUCACCGGGGCUCACAAGGCCAAAACCCACAUCACACAAGUGAGUGAAGUGAACACACCACAUCCCCACACACACUCACACACAUACACUCCAACCAACGCCCAUCUCCUGCCUGCCUGCAUCCCUCCUCUCUCCUUCGUGUGUGCAGGGGCGUUGACGCGACACACAACACCGUCACAGCAUUCCUCAAAGGCAAGUCGUCAAGUCAGCACAGCUCACGCACCCACACAGCUCCCCUCUACACCAACCAACACACAUCCACGCUGUUGCUGUUGCUGUUGCUGUUGCGUCUCGUGUGUCAUCAGAACGGGCAGAGGCCUCCGGUGCAGGUGUGGGUGUGGGUACUGCUGUGCGGCCCACGGUCUCUGGCGCCGGUGCAGGAGGGUGGUCGGCCAAGAUGGUGCCGCCGGGCAUCUCCCGCGCCGCCAUCCUAUACGCCAUGGCCAAGAAGGCACAGGCACUCGACGCCGCCAAGCUGGCAAGAUUCGCACACGACAGACUCCAGGUAGGAAGGGUCAGGUGUGUGUGUGUGCGUGUGCGUGGAUCGUGAUGUGUGGUGUGUUGUCAGGAGGUGCGUCUGCCUCCGAAGUGGCAGAAUGAGAGCGACAUUGCCGCACUGCAACUGCGGGCCAAGCCUUACAUCGUAUGCACACACGCGGAGAGGGAGAGAGAGGGAGAGAGAGGGAGAGAAGGAGAGAAAGAGGGAGGGAGCGAUGAGUGCAGGUGUGUUGUGUUGUGUUGUGUGGUUUGUGGGCAGGACAACGAGGAUUUGGUGCCGAUUUGCUACCGGUGCAUGGGCAACAACCCUCUGGUCAGGACCAACCUCGACUCGUGCGCCCACUGCGGCCACCCGUUCGUGCGCGACUUCCUGUCUUUCGAAACCCUCCCUCUCGUAUGUAUGCCAUGCCCUCACUCACACACAUCACAUCCUUCAUCCCAUCCUCCAAUAUCCCUCUCUCUGUGUUGUGUGUUUGUGUCAGGUAGAGUUUGUGCCCGAUGGUGUGGAUGACGACAGCGCCAUAUCGGCCAUCAACGAGGAGCCGCCUCACCUGCUCAGACACAUCCAGGAAGACUCCACCGACGGGUAGGUGAUGUGACAUUAUGCGGGCGGCACACCCACCACACCACCCCACACCCCACCACACACACGCCUCAAUCACUGUGUGUGUGUCGGUGUUGUGUUGACCUGCCUGUGUGUCGUGCCAGGUGGAGGGAGGGCCGAGCCGCCGGCGGCGGUGGUGGUGGCGGUGGUGCAGACACCCUGACGCUCGACGUGGAUGUCGGCGGACACCAUGGCGGCAUCAACGACGGUCAGCCAAUACACACACACCCUGACAGACAUCCGCUCAUCAGUCAGUAGUCAGGCCGCGCGUGGUGUUGUGUGUGCGUGUGUUGGUCUGUGUGGUCAGAUGAGUCGGAUCCCUUUCUGUCCAAGAUGGAGGAGGCGAUGAGCAUGGCGGUGCCGGGCGAGCCCUACCGACCCAUCCCCGUAGACAUCAGCUCACUCAAAGCCAUGAACCCAGAACUCGUAUGUAAACCAAAGCCUCCCACUUCACAUCCCCACCCAACGGACAGACAGACGGACACUCAUCGAUGUCUCUCACACUGUGAGAGUGUGUGUGUGUGUGGAUGGAUGGAUGGAUGGCAGGUGCACAUAGUCGACUACCGGCGUGUGAGCCCUUUGCUGCCGGUGUUGUACUACCGCUGCAUGAUCCCCGAGGUGGCCUUGUCGGUGAGCCACACGUGCGGGCACUUCUACCACCAGCAGGCCAUAGAGGAGGAGCUCCUCAGCACACAGCAGUGGCCCUUCUGCGGAACCACCGUACGUAAUGGUGGAUGGAUGGCACACAGACAGACAGACGAGACGGGGAUGGAUGGAUGUGUGUGUGUGUGCGUGUGCAUCUGCAGGAGAUUGAUCCCUAGCUAUAGCUCGCUACCUUUGUGGAGUGACGGCGGACGGCAG